UGUAACACAAGUAGCGCGAACGGUUGAGGAUUGUUAUGAGAAAAUGGCGAUUGUGUCGUUCAAGUAUGCGAGUAAUGUUGCGUGGACUCGGUACGGUCUUAACAUCUUUUGAAGAUUGAGCCUUUUUCCUUUCUUCCGCCGGUGUGAGAUUAUUUUAUGAAAUAAGUAGUGAAAACAACUUUUCUGAGUAGUAGUUAACAUAAUAGCUAACAUGGAUAGCGUUGGCUAGCAGGUUGGAGUUAGCUAAGAAACACGAAGUUAGCAGAUUUGAACGAUUAGGUUAAAAUGAGUUUCGCAUUCAUUGACAGGCGAGUCGGAUCAAACAUGUAAAUCCCGAUGAGUGGAUAUGCGUUUGACGUGCUUUCAUGGCAUAUUUUUAAGUUUACAAUCUGAAGAAUCACUAAGUAUGGCUUUGCACAACUUAGUUUUUGUUAUUGAUGUUGAUUUUGAAAGCGAUGAGUCAGACAGUCGACUUGAAGUCAGAAAUCAUUUCGUUAAACGAGGAAUUUUAUACAUUCUGCUUCACUUUGGUUACAAGUAUGGGUUUGAGAAAGUGCGAUGGGGUUAUAAAUUCUUUCAGUCCAAAGCGGCUGGUACUGCCAGCGUCAUAUCAAGAGUGUCCGACUUCAAAGAGCUUCGAGACAAAACAUUUGAGGACUUUGAGCAGGAGUUUGAAGCGAAGUUCGACGGGAAGGAUAAGAUGUGUUCAUUUCUGCAGAUGAAACAAUCAAAUAAAUCUGUCUCCGUUCAAAAUGCUCUUAAAGAAACUCUGCUGGACUUCCAGUGGGACAGGCCUGACAUCACAUCUCCCACUAAACUGUUCCUGAGGCCCCGGAAGUCCACUCGUGUUGGAGAGCCCAGCCUGGCUCAGGAAUAUGACUCUUCAAGCAGUGGGAGAAAUUUGGUGUUGGUUGUCUCGCGGUGUCCACGUUCAAGGAUACAACUUAUGAACUACCUGUUUUCAAAACAGGAUGACUUUCCAACAGAUGUGACUGAGUGCGUAAUAUCAAAGAGCCUAAAUGACAUGCUGGUUCAGAGACGGGUUGUCCUGCACUGGAUUGACAGCGGAUCUCACAGUCAGGUGAUGAACUGUGAGGACUAUGUUGGCUAUGCAAAGUUCUCUGAGAGCCUUGCUCAGGUGGGGGGCAGAGUGAUCCCUGUGGUUGCACUCAUGAACCUUUCCUACGCUCACCAAGCUGGCUCAGGAUCCAUGGGAGAGGUCUUUGCAUUCAGACCAAGUGUUGGAUACCUGCUGUCAUCUGAAAGACUCUACCGCCAAGCUUUUCCUGCCACAACUGGUGUUCUGCAUUGGGGACAAGGUAAUGAGACACAAAGUUGUGGUGUCAUGGUGGAGCCCAUCUCCCACAGACAGAGGCUCCUCCAAGAUUGUGUAGAAGUGAGACUAAAGGGAGUGCUGUGGGGCUGGGAUGCCUCAUCACUGACACAAACGCCUACCGAGACCUGGGUGCUUCAGGGAUCCAGCAGCAGCAAACCAGGAUCUGCUGCCUUUCAUGAUCUCUUAGGGCAACUCUCUGCUGUUGCUCUUCACAUGCUUGCGGACGUCAGUGCUAACGGACUGUUGUGCUCGGCUGUAUUCUCCCCGCUGUCACCCUCCACAGCUCUGCUGACCGUUCUUCAGCCAGUCUUCACUCUCCAUGCCCGGCUCCCGAGGACAAAAACCUUUGCCCCAGUUACAACUCAAACUUCCCCCAAUCUGCCAGAUGUAGUGAACAGUCUUCUAGGAGUAAUUCGUGAAAUCACGAACAAGGACGGUGAUGGCAUCAAUGAUGAUGUCAAGGAUCAUCCGGUCCCCGCAUGGGCUCUGCAGGAACUGAGCCACAGCCCACAAACGGCAGACAUGUUGGAGGCGUGGUUCCCUCAGUCAGACCAGUCAGGAGUCAGCACUCAUUUAAUGGAAUCAAUGAGAUUGCUUCAUGCAGUGCCAGAGCUGGAUGUCGACGUGGAGCCUUUUGUUCCCCAACAGGAACUGGUCAGUGGUCUGUCAGACCUGUACCAGGGAUCCCAGGACUCGGUCAACAAGAGGGGCAACAAACGCGGCACCCACCGUACACCAGUAAAGCAGAAAAUGAAGACAAUGAGCCGCUCUUUGCAAAUGCUGAAUGUGGCACGCCUGAAUGUCAAAGCCCAGAAGAACCAGGCAGAAACAGAAACGCUCGGGGUCGAGGGUCGGGGGGCAGACAGACCUGGGAGGAGAUCGUUAAAGGACAGAAGCAAAUCUGGUGGGACGAGUACCAUCAGCUUCACCUGUGAGGAAGAGCUGUUGUCCCACCUGAAGGCCAGUUAUGAAAAGACUGUAGCAGAAAGAGACACGUGUCUGCUAACAAGUGUCCAACAACUCCUGAUCACUGUAAAAACAUUUCUUCUUGUGACAGAAUCCCACUGGGAGGUGAAGACUCUCUCGUUUGUGAAGCAACACCUACUCAAGUCAAGCAAGUUGAUCCGCCAGCUUAGUGGAGUUGCUGCUGAUGAUGACAGCAAAGUCCGAGAGUGCCAACUGCAAGUAGCAUUGCGGCUGGAACUGUGCAGACUUAUCUCUGCAGAGCAGUUCAACUCACUGGAUGCUGAUCAGAUGGCAGAGGAAGCAGCUGAAAUGCUGAGGAUAGUCUCACUAAGAAAAGACCCAGUAUUCGUCUCAAGGUUUCUCCAAGAUGAGGUACUCCCAGGGUUUCUGGCAGCCAUUCCUACAGUGCUUGCAGAGAUUUACCACAGUUUGGGUACUCAGUUGCCUGAUGCCUUGGUUGCUGCUCUUCCCGCGGAUUUCUUCAGCGAUGAUUCAGUGGCCAAAAACAGUGUCUCUCCUUUUGCUGCCUCACUUCCUGUCUCAACACACAGCCAGGAUUCAGAUGGCUUGAAGGACCUACGGAAUCGCUCAGCCAGCAAAAGAAGGAGCGCGGUGUUGACUCGUCAUCGCAGUAUGGCUGAAUCAGCCCAAACUCUUCGGCAAAUAGAAUUACCCAAGAAAGCUCCACGAACAUCCAAAACAAAAGCCUGUAUUGCUUUGGAGAAACCUGUUAAAGGAAUUCAUUCUCAGAAAAAGGAAACACAAGAAGUAACCAAAGUAAGAAGAAACCUGUUCAACCAAGAGGUUGUUUCCCCUUCUAAGAAAGCCAGACUGCCACGGAGCCAGUCUGUUUCUGCUGUGGAAAGACUGAAACGCAAGCAUUCUGAUGAAUCUGAAGAGAGGCGCAAGCUUCUUACAAAGAAAGUGAGUGAAACACCCCUCCACAAGCAAGUGUCCAGUCGCCUUCUACACCGGCAGAAAAUGGGAAGGACAGGUGACCUCACUGAUGAGUGCAUUGUGGAAGAGUCCCCUGUUAAACCUGCAGAAGAAUUGAGGAGGAGUCCAAGACUAAAGUCGUUUGCUAGAAGACACUCAAAUGUUUUCUACUCGAGUUCUCAGCCUCGUUCUAGAAACCUAGAGAAGGCUCUGUCUGCAUCCCAGCUCACGCUCAGUGACAGAACAAUCCCCGGGAUUAAUGUUAAAGAGGUUCAGUCUCCUUUGCGUCUUCUUUUUGGAGCUGCUGAUUCUCCCAGUCGUUCCUCCGUUGUGUUUGUUGAAAGCAGGACCACCAGGUCUCGCUUCAGCUCAGACUCAAGUGUCUUUGAAAGUCCAAACAGAACCCCAAAAAAGUCACUCAAACGUGGAAGGCCUGCUUUUGAAAAUGUAUCUCCUGGGACACUUCAGACUGCACAAAUCUCAUCAUUGUCCACAAUGGAUGUUUCUUCGUUAGCCAAGAGUCCUGUAGCCGGCAGCUGUGGAGCUCCUGAAAGUCCUUUCAGACCUCCAGGCAGAUCAGAAGUUGUUAUAAACACACCUAUCCAGCAAAGUUCUCUUACGAGCCCUUUAAAGGGUAUCCUUAAGACCCCUGUUAAAGCUUCGAUUCAGCAUGGCGCCUCCUCAGGAUUACAUCUACUCAACAGCCCGGCAUCAAGGACUCCUAAGAAGAGUGUUACAUGGUCACCGUCUCCUCAAAAAUAUAGACUGGUGGAGGGCAGCACUACUUUUAAGGUCCCCAAGUCACCCAAUAUGGCUUCCCCCAGUUCUGAGAGACAAAUGAAAAUACCCAUAAACAAGAUGAGUCCUGUCCAAAAUACAAACACUAAAAGAUGUGUUUUUAACGUCCCAGGAAAGACUUGUCAAGUGAACCUGGUAAGAUUCUUUGAACAUGAUUUGAGUCCAGAGAAAAAUCAUUCAUGGGAAAAAUAUGUCAAAUUGAAAACUCCUGAAAAAGAUGAGAAACAUCUGGAAAUACUCCCUUCACUGUCCCCAACACCUUCAGACCAAAGGAUCUCUCCUCAGUCCAACAGCAGAACUCAAGUAAAGAGCCCUAGUCCCACUCACAGAAUGGUUACUCGCUCUGGACGAACUCCGGUGGGAAGUUCAAAAGCUGCAUCCCAGUCUGACCCAACAUUUCCCCCUUCAGGAGUCUCUGAACUUUCAGCCGGAUCUGAUUCUGCCGUUAAAUUUCACGAAAAGAGCUUGAGAAGAAUAAGAUCUGGUCAUAAUCAUGGAACAGCUAGAAAUGACUUGGGAUCUAAGUCGAUUGAGAGUUUAGCCUCCCGACUAACGUCAGCCUUUCCUGAGAACCAUCCCGUUACUAAAGAGGAGCAGGCAAAGAGCAAUCAGUCUGCUGGAUGUGACUCCAGCGUUCAUACCGCAUCGCAGGAGUUUGAUUCAUCCCAUGGGAAUUCUGCCACCACAGACGAUGAUAGUUUGGAUAUUGUUGAUGCUGCAGUUGUUAAGGCUGAGUUUAAUGAAGGCCUUAAAAUGAACAUUAGCUUCUCAAGGAAGCCUUCAGUGUCUACUGAAGAGUGUUUGUCAAACAGGGGUUCGCCUGCUCUACAGUCUCCUUCACACAACACACCUGGCCGGAGGUAUGGCUUUCGACAAACCCCUGACCGCCAGCAGAGGGAGGCUGCUGCUCGUUUAGGAUAUGCAAAUGAGUUUAAUCACUUUUCAACCCCUAGAGGCCCAGCAAGAUCCAAACAGCUAAAAAGCACCAUUACUCCAAAUCCACUCACCUAUCAAGUUGAAUUAGAAAUGCAGACAUCAGGGCUUCCCAAGCUCAAAAUUAAACGCAGAGAUUCCAUGAGUACUGAUGACUGUACUGAUGGAAGUCCCUGGUCAGCAGCUCAAAGCUCGUCUGUGGGUAAAAAACUUAGCAUGGAGAGUCCAGCGGCUUUAUUUUUAAAGCACAGAGAUACUGGAUGUAGCUCACCGUUUGUCUGUGGUCAUGUCACUCCAGCCAAGAGCACCCCUGGAAAAGGUGGUAGUGUCCAAACUUACAUCUGCCAGUCAUACACACCUACACGCCAUGCCACAGUAGCGUCUCCGGUGACCACUGCGGAGAUUGGCCCUUUAACUCCUUCACCUCAAAGUGUGGGGAAAGUGACUCCAGAAAAUCUCAACAGCUGGCCUCGCAAGAAGAGAGCCCACAUCAGAGUGUUUGGGGGGAAAGAGCAGGGCCCUAAGGGGGAGCCACAGCUGGAAGAGUUGUUGGAGGAGGCUGAGCUUGGUGUCAGUAGGUUACAGGACUUCGAGGACAUCGACGAGCCUUCGAGUCCCACAGCAGAAAAAAAGGCUUUGAAUUCCGAACAGUCACCCCCAACUGCUGCAGAUGUUUCUCCUCUUUCACCACUGGAGGAUUUGUUUUGGAUGGAAAGGCUGGCUGAACAGACCAGCUGUGCUGAUGCUCAGAGAGCUGAAGAAGUCCUCUGGGCCUCAGACAGCUGGGAUGUCACAACAACAGUGACCCCGUCCAGCAUGAAGAAGAUAAAACCAGUGACUGCAAGUGGUAUUUUGACCCUCACCCAGUCUCCGUUGCUGUUUAAGAAGAAAGCUGAUUCUGCUUGUAAGGGAGCAGCAAAUUUUAAAGAAGAAGCUGCUUCAGGGACGACAGAAGUAGUUGCUGAGCAGUCCCCUUUCAGACAGCCAGUCAGACACUCAAACACGGGGAAGACCUACAGCAGAAAGAGGCUGCUUCACUGAGCCAAACAAAAAGCCUGCACGGCAAGCAGAGAAAGACCCGAGCUGUUAUGAAAGACGCCUUCUGCCUGCUCUGAUCCAAAUUCACUGGUUGAUUGGUCAAAACUCUGGGAUUUGAGAUGAAGAGUGUGGUUUAAAAAAGAUUAUUUUUAUAGAUGUUGGAAGUUGAUUUCACGUUUUGUUGUAAUUACGAUUCUAAGGUUUCCAUGUUGCCUGUUUUUUUUUUUUGUUAUAAAAUAAACAUUUGGGUAAAUAAUGUCAUUUUAUUUAUUUUUUUAAUUAAGAAUUGUAACAUGUUACAGUCAAGUCAUAGUCUAACUUCAAUAUUGUUUAUUUGUUUAGUUUCAUAUAGAAUCUAUUGAUAUUGAUAAAAUCACUGAUAUUUUUAAUGAAAUGGGAAUGUCCAACUGUUGUAAAUAUGUUGCCUAAAUUUUGUAAAUAAAAU